AUAAUAACAAAGAAUGAGCGGUUAGUAGUGGGUCUUCUCACUUCUGUUCAACGUCCCUUGCCUGCAAAGCAGAGAUGAAGAAUUUUCCUUUUUCUUGUCAAUUAAUUUUUCUUUUUUUUUUUUUUUCCCCACAAUUUGUUCUUGUUGAGAGAACAAUAUAUACAAAGCUAAAAGGAUAAAGGAAAGAACAAAAACAUUAACAUUAACAAGUUAAAAAUAAGAAAACAGAGCACCUUCUCUGUUUUAUCUGUUCUCUCCCUCUCUGUCUCAAAACUUGUUCAUGUUCUCGUCUUUCAAAUUUUGCCCAAGUCCUUUCCUUUUGCUUCUUCUCUUUCUGGGUAUCUUCGAUUCGGCUUCUAUUCUUUGCUUUUCAGAUGGGUUUUCUGUUAAAGAAGCUAUUGGUCUGUGAAUAGAAGAGAGGACUUGUAAACAUUAAGAAAGAAAAACAAAUAGAAGGAAGAAAGAAGAAUGUCUUCGAAGAGCAGAGGAGAGCAGAGUUCUUCUAAAAGUUUUAUAUCACAGAAAUGGACUCUUUUUCUUUGUUUGUGUUGUUUCUGUGCUGGAAUGCUAUUCACCAAUAGGAUGUGGGCAGUUCCUGAGUCCAAAGGUAUCACGCGGACAACCGCCAUGGAAGCCGAUAAACUAAAAUUGGUUUCAGAGGGUUGUGGAAUUAAAACUAAAGAAGUGAGGCGUGACUCUAAAGAUAUUAUUGGGGAAGUGUACAAGACUCAUAGUGCCAUACACACAUUAGAUAAGACUAUCUCAAAUUUAGAGAUGGAAUUGGCUGCUGCAAGGGCGGCACAGGAGUCCAUACUAAGUGGCUCUCCUUUGUCAGAGGAUUUGAAGAAGACUGGAUCACCUGGUAAAAGAAGGUAUUUGAUGGUGAUUGGAAUUAAUACUGCUUUCAGUAGCAGGAAAAGAAGAGAUUCAGUUCGUGCAACAUGGAUGCCACAAGGUGAAAAAAGGAGGAAACUGGAAGAAGAGAAGGGUAUCAUUGUUCGUUUUGUCAUUGGUCAUAGUGCCACAUCUGGAGGCAUUUUGGACAGAGCAAUUGAAGCAGAGGAUAAAAAGCAUGGAGAUUUUUUGAGAUUGGACCAUGUUGAAGGGUACCUUGAAUUGUCUGCAAAAACAAAGAUAUAUUUUGCUACUGCUGUUGCUUUGUGGGAUGCAGAUUUCUAUGUCAAAGUUGAUGAUGAUGUCCAUGUAAAUAUAGCAACACUUGGAGAAACUCUAGUUAGACAUCGAAAGAAACAACGGGUAUACAUUGGAUGCAUGAAAUCUGGUCCUGUACUUAAUCAAAAGGGAGUAAGAUAUCAUGAACCAGAGUAUUGGAAAUUUGGUGAGGCAGGAAAUAAAUACUUCCGCCAUGCUACUGGACAGCUAUAUGCAAUUUCAAAAGAUUUGGCUACGUAUAUAUCAAUAAACCAGCAUGUUCUACACAAGUAUGCUAAUGAGGAUGUUUCAUUGGGAUCUUGGUUUAUUGGACUUGAUGUAGAGCACAUUGAUGAUCGAAGACUUUGUUGUGGCACUCCACCAGGUAAAUGCACAGUUUACUAGAUAAUUUGAAACUUCUAUUUCCAACAUUAUCUUAGACAACAAUAAAUAAGGCAUUUUUCCUCUUCUC